AUGAUAGAGCGGUGCCGACCGGAGACACACACAUUUCAUCUACCUAUCAACGAGGCUACUAUCACGCUAGAGGACGCGAAGGUUCUAUUCGGUUUGCCCGUUGAUGGUAUGGAUGUCAGCUACCCGCAUGCUCUUAUUCACUAUACGGGAGACGACUAUCUAAAUAUGUUGCAGAGGUUCACCGGUCUCCAGCCUGCGAAGCUGACUGUUUUGAGUGGUGCCAGUCGAUUGCAGCUGAUGCCCAUUAGGAAGUAUCUGGUGCUGCUGCACGCAGAGAUUACUGAUUACUCACCACUAGAGGCUAUCGACCGGCAAACGUGGCUGUCGUUGCUGAUGAUGUUUGGUGGUAUUCUGUUCCCGAACACUUCGGGAAACCUA